UCAUGUAUUGCUAGAGUCGUGUCAUUUACUCCGAGACAUGAUAAUAGUUGGAAAAUAGGCGACAAGAGUUAAUCGAGAUAAAUGCGAGAAGUAAAGCCUCAUCUUAAGUGAGUGAUCGCGUCGGCAAUCUUGACUUGUGUUGUGAGAACGUUAUGUGGUCUUGAAACUGGUGUGUAAACUCUUAGUGUGUCCUCCAUGUCAAGGCAAGGCAAGGUUAGGUGUAUUGUCUUUCAACAGUGGAAAUGGCUGCUCUUUCCGCUGCAAGCAGCUUCACGCACAUGAGUCUGGAGGCACUGUUGUCCCAUGAUCAUGAAUUGUAUCUUGAUCGCAUUCUAGAAGAGGUGGUGGGGGCCAACUGCAUGCCUGACAGUUGCCCUCUGAUGCAAUCAAGAGAGUGUGAUUUGGCAUUGAAUGUUCUGCAAAUUGUGGUCAGUGGGCAGAGCCAACCUCAGAAGGAAGCCCUCUUUUUCUGUACUCGGUCAUCAUGGUCUUUACUUCGUGCAUUGGUGCAAAUGCUGUCCUUCGAAGGAUUCAUAGUGUUUGGUGUGUGUCAUACCCGUUUGGAACCAAAUGGAUUUGCAUCUGUUACGCUAAUGCAUUCGCCAUCCCAUGCCAUUAAUAAUGUAGGAUGCCUUUGUCAUACGAAUGGUUCGAUAUGGUUUCUACUACCCUUCAAACAUAUCAGUCCAUUUCAACGGCUUGUUGCCAGGAAAUUUAAUUUUAACGUGACUGAGAUGAUGUGCAAUUAUUUUAAAGUGCAGGAUAGUGCAUUGAUUCCAGACUCGAAACUG